CAACAAGAUGGUGAAGUCAACCCUUGCUUGUGGACUACAAGAAUGUUUGAGUAAAGAAUGGAUGGGAGAUAACUUCAGGGACUUUAGAGUUGUGGUUGAUGGCUCAGAGUAUUUCUGUCACAAAUUUAUUCUAAGUGCCUGCUCCACUUUCUUUAAGACUUUGCUGGGAUCGGAUUUUAAAGAAAAUAAAGAGGAACGUGUUGAGUUAAAGAACAUGAGUAAAGAGACUUUUGAUGUUAUUAUCAAUGCAAUUUACAAAGGUGUUGAUGGACUGACACUAGACAACAUAAUUAGUGUGUGGCAAGCUUCUCAUUUGUUGGAUAUACCAUUUCUUAUAGAAGAAUGUGAGCAGUUUGUGAUGGAAAAUAUGUCAUUAGAGAAUUACAUUAAAUAUUAUUCAAUGGCAAAACUUUUACAUUCAGAGAAUGUCAUUAAGUUUACAAUUGGAUUCAUGAAAGAAAAUUUUGAACCUUUUUGUGUGACUGAGACAUUUCUAGAACUUUCUUUUCCAAUGUUGUUUUCCUUUGUGGAUGAUGAUCGCCUUAAAGUAAAAUCCGAAGAUUUAGUUUUAGAAUCGAUCAUUAACUGGGUUUCUUAUGUUAAACAAAAACCACCUAACCUAGAAGACAGUGACAGUGAAACAAACAACACACAAGUAACAGCUAUAGAAGAAACUGAUGAAAUACAGAACUAUAAGAGCCAGGAGAAGUUGAUUAAUGGAGAAGAUAACAAGGAGAUAGACAGGAAAAGGUGUCUUGUAGAACUGUUAUCUACAGCCAGAACAUUUUUAGCCAGUCGAAGUUAUCUCGAGAAUUUACUGAUUCACCCUUUGAUAAAAUCUUGUGACGAAGCUCAUGAAAUAGUUUAUGACGCUUUGUUGUACCAAUGGAGAUCUGUUUCUUUUCCUAGUAACUUUGUCAUCCCUUAUAGAAACUGUAAUGGUAAACGAAAUGUCAUGGCAUACAUUUGCAAUGGAGAAAUCUAUUUAUUUGACCUAAACAGUGAAGGUAUUUGUAAACUUGAAUUGUAUAUUUACGAUUUUAAAAGCUUCUGUGCUUUAGCUUCCAUUGAAUCAACUCUUUGUGUUAUUUAUUCAAAUAGAAAUGUAUCUGAGUGUGAUUUUAGUAAAUUGACAUUGGAAACUCACAAUUGUGAAAGAAAAAAUAUUGCAAUAAUUAAUCCAUCAAAAAGUACAACAAUUAUUGGUAAAUUGUGUGGAAGGUUUAGUGUACAAUUAACUUCACUAAAUGGUACGUUUGUUAUUAUAACUAAUAAUCCAGUUCAAUCACACAGUUCACAAGAUACUUUUUCAAACUGGGUUCAUUUGGGGAACGAAGCAAACGUCACUCAAGUUGCUUAUCAAGAUACUAUCUUAAUAUUUCGCGAUGGAUAUGAGCAGUCAUACGUACAUUGUAGCAAUCUCUACUCUAGGUUGAAUCAAGAUAUAAAAAUAAAGGGUCCCACGAAAGAUAUCAUAAGCAUUCAAAAAGGCAGGAAAACUUUUAUCCUUUAUACAAACGGAUCUUUAAAAUCCAUAGAAACAACCGGUGAUAAUAAAAUUCAGUUCACAUUUAUUAUUCAACUUUGGAACAACUUUGACUGGAUAUUAAAAGGAGCAGUAUAUUUCAAAAAGGAAUUAAUCUUAUUUUGUUCGGCAAAGCCAACCGAUGGGAAAAGUUUUCUAACGUCUGUGCCUGGGCUUUUUGAAAAGAUCAGAGCUGUUGAAAUACAGAGUCAAUCAAAAGUAGUUCCUUUGAUUGUGCCAGAAUCAUGGUGCUCCUAAUUGCAACACUGAUGUCUUUUAUUUCCCUGGAUGUUUAAGCAUGGAUUGCAAUUUUUAAAAAAUGGAUCACGCAUGCAUUAAGUAUGUAUAAGUAUAUGUUACACUGAUCUUUGCUUUAUUGUACUAUAUAACUUUAUAGGUUGGCUAGCCUGCUGCCCGUCGUGGUACAUAGGCUGUCGACAAGAGCUUUCCAGACAUCUCUAAUCUGAGCUAUUCUCUCCAACUGUCCCAAGGUAUAUCCAAUCUGCUUGAUGUGUCUUCUUCCACGUCACGUCUCCUGACCUCUUUUUCAUUUACAGGUCAUUACAACUGAAACUUAAUUUCUAAAAUUUGCAAUGCAUUUUAAAAAAAUAUAUUUGUACUAAAAU